AUGCAUUCGUUCGGCUACAGAGCCAACGCCUUGCUAACGUUCGCCGUGACAUUGCUCGCUUUGAUCUGCGCCAUGUCUUCUCUCUCCGACAAUCUCAACUCUCCCUCUCCCUCCUCCCAUGUCAAGGUCUUGAACAUCAAUUGGUUCCAGAAGUCUACUCAAGGAAACGACGAGGUCAGCAUGACAAUGAAUAUAUCAGCAAACUUACAGUCAUUGUUUACAUGGAAUACAAAGCAGGUUUUUGUAUUUUUAGCUGCUGAGUAUGAAACGCCCCAAAAUUCCCUGAAUCAGGUGUCCCUGUGGGAUGGUAUUAUACCUUCUAAAGAGCAUGCAAAAUUCUGGAUUCAUACAACAAACAAGUAUCGUUUCACUGAUCAGGGAAGCAAUCUCCAGGGAAAAGAAUUCAACUUGACUUUGCACUGGCAUGUCAUGCCCAAAACUGGCAAGAUGUUUGCUGAUAAAAUAGUUUUGUCCGGUUUCAGUUUGCCAGUGGAAUAUAGAUGAGGACUUUUUUGUUGUGUAGGACUUGACUGUAACUUUAUCCUUGCCUUAUUCAAGGUGGAAUAGGGGGAAAAGAAAAAUCCAUGUUUGAGAAUGUUAGAGCAAGUGAUUUAGUGGCUCCUUUAAAUUAAUGAAACUUAAUCCAACUUUUGGAUUCUCAAUGUUGCUUUGGAGGAGAUUUACCA